CGGGACUUCCCGUCCGUGACGCAACUGGCGAAGUGGAAGCCCCGCCGUCAAUCAAAUUAGGAAAAAAACAAACUGGACUAAAGCGAGCGCAGGCACCGAUUAAAAUCACCAUGCUCGGAGUGUAACGUUAAUUAAACGCAGAUAUCAGUCUUCUGUAGAGAACUCACGUAAUGACCGCGCCUGAAGGGCCAGUGAGAGCGCGCGUCAUGGCGGACAGCAGCAGCGCUCAGGAGCAGGACGGACAGCCCUCAUCGCUCGCCCUGCUCGCCGCCACUUGCACCGGCCUCGGUUCGCCCGCCCCCGGAGCAGAGAACGGGGCGAGCUCCAAUAAUACUGCUGCUGCUGGAGGGAACGCAGACCUCUCAGUGCAGUUAACAGGGUCGUCUGAAAGGUGGGAGGCGGUGAAGGACGAUUCGGGGGUCUUGCAUAUCCCCGGCACGGGUAUCGUCACGUCCAACGGACAGUAUGUUCUUCCUCUCCAGAGCCUCCAGGGUCUCCAGAACCAGUCCAUCUUACUCACGUCAGGGACCGACGCGUCCGGCGGCGCAGUGCCUAACAUCCAAUACCAAGUCAUCCCUCAGGUGCAGACGGCCGAAGGGCAGCUGGGUUUCUCUGCCUCUGCUGUCGAGGGGGCCUCGAUGGCGCAGGACGCCGCAGGGCAGAUCCAGAUCCUCCCAGACGGCACCCAUACCAUCAGCGUCACGGCAUCCGCCGACCUUCUCAGCAACAGUCAGAACCUCAUGACCCAGUCUGGCCAAGUGCAUCAUAUCCCACAGGUGUCUCUGGGAAGCUCUACCUUCAGCACUCAGGGUCAGGUGGUCACUAACGUGCCUCUGGGUUUGCCUGGUAACAUUACCUUUGUGCCCAUAAACAGCAUGGAUCUGGACUCUCUUGGGCUCUCGGGAGCUCAGCCAAUCGCCACCGGCGUCACGGCUGACGGACAGCUCAUCAUGACCAAUCAGAGCAUGGAGAACUCUGAGGGCUCGGAGAAAGCAGGGGAACAGCAGCAGACGCUCAACUCUAAUGCAGCCGCAGACAUGUUUGUGCCUACCACAUCUUCAGCAUCGUCCUCGCAGCAUCCGACCAGCACGAUAGACGGCACGGGUGUGUUGACGCAGUCUGUGACGGGAGAGCAGGGCGACGGCUCGGGCUACCUCAGUCAGGGCGCGGUGCAGGUGUCUGGAGGACAGCAGGUGAUCCAGUUACAGCAGUUGCCCUUGCAGACCAGUGACGGCCAGGUGUCUGCUCAGGCCCAGCAGUCUCUGCAAAACGUCCAGCUCAUCAACCCAGGAACAUUCCUCAUCCAGGCCCAAACCGUCUCUCCGUCAGGACAGAUCCAGUGGCAGACCUUCCAGGUCCAAGGAGUUCAGAACCUCCAGAAUCUUCAGCUCCAGACGGCUCCAACUCAGCAGAUUACUCUGGCCCCGGUGCAAACGCUGUCUCUGGGUCAGGGCGGCACAGCAGUCAGCCUGACCUCCGGACAGAUGCCUAACCUGCAGUCGGUGACGGUGAACGCUGUGGGCCAGUUCCAGCAGUCCGAGGACACAGACAGCACUGGAGAUAUUCAGAUUAAGGAGGAGCCUGAUUCGGAGGAGUGGCCUCUGGACAGUAGCUCUACGCUGAAUGCCAAUGACCUCUCUCACCUUCGUGUUCGUUUAGUGGAGGAGGAGAUGGAGGGAUUGAGCCAGGAGGGCAAACGUCUGCGCAGGGUCGCAUGCACCUGCCCCAACUGCAAAGAGGGAGGCGGGAGGGGAUCUAACAUGGGAAAGAAGAAACAGCACGUGUGCCAUAUAGCCGGCUGCGGGAAGGUAUACGGGAAGACGUCUCACUUGAGAGCUCACCUGCGCUGGCACUCGGGAGAGAGACCCUUUGUCUGCACCUGGAUGUAUUGUGGGAAGAGGUUCACGCGCAGUGAUGAAUUACAGCGACACAGGAGAACACACACUGGAGAGAAGAAGUUUGUGUGUUCAGAGUGCUCGAAGAGAUUCAUGCGCAGCGAUCACCUGGCCAAGCACAUAAAGACGCAUCAGAACAAGAAGGGAGUGGGCGGAGCCAUGGUGGCCAGCGUGGGCGGAGCCGUGUCCUCGGACAGCAUCAUCACGACGGGCGGCACCACACUCAUCCUCACCAACAUCCAGCCCGGCACCAUGCAGGGCCUGGCCACCGUCAGCGCUACCGUCAACACGUCCAGCUCACAGGACCAGCUGAGCACAGGCGAGAUUCCUCUGCAGUUAGUCUCAGUGUCCGCCGGGGACGCGGCCGAGUGACCGCGCGUGAAGAGGACGAAUCGCCGCUCUGGGAUGCAGCUUAAAAUUCUGUUGGACUGCAAAGGUUCCGCCUCUUCCUGUACAACAUCACAUCCUGAGACUUCAUUUUGACUACGUCGAUUCCACGCUCACUCAUAUACCUUGCUUUUAUACCUUUACAUAUUUACCCUCCUUUACGUAAAUAUGUAUAUUUACGUGAAUGCAUAUAUACACACACACAUAUAAAUAUAUAUAUAUAUAUAUUUUACAAAUAUAGAAUUAUUGGGGGUUUUGUUCAUCUUUUUAUGAGGGAAGCAUUAUUUCUUGUUUUCACAUACUACACUGAAAUGCCUUAUAUUGUAUUAUAAGCUGGCGUGUACAAAGCUCGAGUUCUUCAUGGGUGUCAAGCAUCUGUUUCAGUGUGUACUUGUUGGAAUGGGAAUAAUCGUGUUGUUGUGUUAAGAAUGCAGUGGUGGGGACAAACGGGUGGCUGAUGUUAAAGGAGCAGCUCAGCCAAAAGUGAAAAUCCUCACAUUAUUUAUUCCCCCCUCCAUUACGGCAUUCCAAACUUCUGUGGGUUCUUUGAGGGAAAAUUGAUUUCUUUCAAUGCAACAACACUUCCACGUCUGUCAGAAACUCCAUCAGAAUAGUCGAUGUGAGUCAGAUGCUGUAUUCUAAAUCAUCUGAUAUUGUGCUGAAAUGUAAGCUUUUAUUCAGUGAAAGUCAUUUCAUCAGCCCCACAACUGAUCUGUUCCUCACACAAAGACUGGGAAUGUAGCGUCUCCGGUCUGAACUAGGUGUCGUGGAGCGGGGGAGUAAGUAAUGGCAGAAUUUCCUUUUGUGGGGGAGCUGUUGCUUAAUUUUAAUCCUAGGUCGUCAGUGAUAUUCGUGGUUCACAUGAGGAGGAAGAUGUAAAACAUGAAGCCUGCCAGUGUGCUCUUGGGAGUCACGAAGGUGUCCAAUAGUGUCUUUACAUGUCUCUGAUGCUCCUCGUGAAAAUGCAUUUGAUUUAUUUGAUGUAGUUUUAUUCUGUGUCGGUAAGCCCAGGCCCAACAAAGGGGAAAAAUAUGAAACAAUCAUGUAAUUAAAAGCAUUUUAUGUAUCAUAAUUCUCAAACCUCUUGGAGUCGAUCAGAUCUUUCAAUAUGAAUUUGUCGCGAAUGAAGUCUUUUUUGAGCAAAAUGAUAUUUAUAUACAUUGUAACUUGGAUUUGUGUCCACAAAUGCUUUUCUAAGGAAAAAAAAAACUCCCUUCGGCUUUACUUUUUUUAAAGAACUGGACUGUAAUCAGCAUCAAGAAUCAUUUGUAUGAAAUGAAUCGGUUUGUAGUUUGCCAAAUUGAAUUCGCACUCUUUGAUAAACUAGAGAGAGAAACUCUUGAUUUAUGUCUGAUGGUUUGCAGCAUUAAUACGCUAUCUGUUUCAGGACCAAACGAGCAGCUCUGAGUGUCUGGCGUCAGUCUAGCAGUGCUGUGUUAAAAUACUGCGGCCACCUUCAGUAGCAGCCAAUGGGGAUGCAUUAAACAACUGCAUAACCGUGUGAUGAUGGGGGUGAGCUCACAGUGUCAAUAUGUAGGUUUUGAAUUCCCUCUCCUUCAUUUGCUUACUGUAGCCAUGAGUGACGCCUUUCAUCACAGAGAGCGAUUGUCCUCACUGAACAUUUUGUAAGGAGUUCACAAGUUUGAUCAGGGAGGAUGCACUCAUUUGCUGUCAGUCCAUGUACAAGUAUGGCUUUGUUUCCACUUGGUACUGGACAGUUAUUCUCCGCUUAUCUGUUUUUAUUCCUUUAACUAAUCAUGAUUUUCAUGUCUCUUUAUCUAUUGACUUUUGAGUACCAUUGCCAAUUUUUGUGUUGGGGAUUUUAUACUUCCCGUAGCCAAGUUUGUAACGAUCAGGAGUUUGAUUGAAAAGGUCCAGCAGGGUUAAUGGCAGAUAAUCAAACACUAUUUUGUUUUCUGAUUUGGUAAGGGUUGUUCUGUCACAGUGAUCCGGAAUUGCAUUUAUUUUUUAUUUUUUAUCUUUUCCUAGUUUGUGAAGUCUAAUUAGAUUUUGUUCAUUAUAAAUAGCAUCUUAACAUGUCACUUUCCUAUUUUUAUUUGGUCAUUUUUCCAAGAAAGCUUCGGAUUAUUGUACAAUGCCCACUUUUGAGGGCAGCUGUUUAUUUCACACUAAAAUGACUAAACAUA